GUUCUGGCCCUUAAGUCCCCUGACAAGUAUGGGAGACUUUCAGCAACCAAAAUGUAAACAUAAACAAGUCUCAUCAACUGAAAUCGCACUAUACAAGUUGCCGAGUGUGGACGAGGCUUCAUAGAAAGUUUCUUGAGGCUUAACUCAAAUCAGUUAAAAAAUGGUUUCUCAUUUUUGGGUAGGUAUCGUCUAAUCAAGUUUGAGAUUCGAUGGCAUCAUUGUCGGUGGAAUUAUUUUAGCGUGAAGACUUUGUUUACUUUUUUAAAUGUGGAUGAGUAACGUUUAAAAGGGACAUAUAUUUAAACACUUUCAAUUAAUUUGAUUCAAAAACCGUUCAGAAAUUAAGGAAAUUAAACAGGAAGCCUUGUAAUUUUAAUGUUUCACUCUCGAGUAUACGGAUUCAUCGUACCAGAACAAUCAGUUGACUAGUAAAACUUUACGAUGGAACAACCAACACCCGGUCCCUCUCGAGGGGGUCGCGGCUCUCGAGGAGGCAGAGGAACCACCGGUGCUGCUGGAAGGCGUCCUUGGCGAGGUCGUGGAUUUUGGCGUCCCUAUGGACGUGGGGGUGGCUUCAAUAAUUCCGGACCUCCGAGGGAACGGCCUACGGGAUUCGCUCUUCCUCAUAGUUAUGAGGGCGACGUAUCCAGUGGUAUUGCUCUGCCUAGUGGAACCUUCCAAACUCAACCACCACUUUCGGUGGCUCUCGAGAAGGGCGGCUGCGAGUAUGCCGGCUGGAAAUUGUAUCUGCCCCAAGAAGGCUAUCGCGAAGGAUCCUCGAUAUUAAACAAGAUCCAAUCGAUCGAACGGCAUUAUCUAGCUCAUCCAAAUGACUACGAUUUAUUGCAAAUUAAGCAAAACUUUUGGUUUGAACUUGACCUCUCGAUAACAGAUGGGGACCGAGAGUUCAAGCGCGACUGGCCCACCUUUCGUCAGGACAUGGUUGACAAUCCUGAGCAAACGUUAGCAAUCGCAGGGCUAGCUAUGCAUCAGGUCGCUUCCAAGGCUGUGGGCCUUGAUGACUCGAUUUCAUCUACAGAUCUGACCCAGAGUCAAAAUAGUAAGUUUAUGCUUCACACCAUUCGUCCAAGAGUCAUCGGUUACGGGCCGGAAGUUCAUUUACGUCACAUGAAGAUUAACAGUUUCGGGAAGCUGAUUGCCGUUCGCGGAACUAUCAUUAGGGCUGGAACUUCGCAGGUAUUGAAUUCUUGGAUGGCUUUCAGAUGUUCUCUGUGUCACGCUCAGCAGGCAAUCCGCCAGACUGAUGGUACUCUGACGUUGCCGAGCUCAUGUCGGAAUGGAUGUAAGGCUCGAAGCAAUUUCGUUGCUCUCAGAUCAUCGAUUUUUACCAGAACGGAAGCUUUUCAAACGGUACGAUUGCAGGAAUCUAUGUUGGGCUCUCGCUCUGAACAUGGCCAGGUUCCGAGAAGCAUUGACGUCGAGUUGACUCAUGAACUGGUCGAUUUAGUUUGUCCUGGGGAUGACGUUACUGUAACGGGUAUUCUGAAAGGUCGUCCACAGGAAGAAAAUACAUCACAUGCGAGGAAUUCGGCCAGCAUGUACAAAAUGUACAUGCAAGCGGUUACCGUUAGAAGUAAUAAAAACUCGCUUACUAGCUGGCACCGCGUAUCGGAGUUUUCUGAUUUAGAUAUGGAAGCUAUUGAAGCGAUACGUUCUGAACCCAGUACAUUCAAGUUGCUUGUUCAGUCGCUUUGUCCGAUGAUUUUUGGCCAUGAGAUAAUCAAGGCCGGUCUUUUACUAGGACUCUUCGGGGGUUCCGCGAUAACUGGCGGUCGCCGUUCGGAGAUUCACGUACUGGUAGUCGGGGACCCAGGUAUCGGAAAAAGUCAAAUCUUACAAUCGUGUGCAGAAAUAUCUCCUAGAGGUAUAUUUGUGUGUGGUAACAGUACUUCUAAUGCUGGUCUAACCGUUUCUGUUCGGUCCGAAAAAGGCGCUGGUGGCGCUUUGGAAGCAGGAGCACUCGUUCUAGCAGAUCAGGGAGCCUGCUGCAUCGACGAGUUUGAUAAAAUGACCGGUAAUCAUCAGAUUCUUUUGGAAGCUAUGGAACAGCAGGUGGUUAGCGUUGCCAAAGCCGGAGUAAUUUGUUCUCUUCCAGCGAGAACAUGUAUUCUGGCAGCUGCAAAUCCAGUUGGCGGUCACUACGACAAAUCGAAAACCGUCUCUGAAAAUUUGAAGAUGAAGCCUGCCUUGCUGUCACGUUUCGAUCUUGUUUUCAUACAGUUGGAUAGGCCAAACGAGUAUCUAGACAAUCUCUUAACGGCUCACGUACGAAGGCUUCAUGGACUGAAAGCCGGACAAUUACCUCAGGGAGCCGCAUUCCAAGCUUUGCUUUCCGGCUUAGGAUCUAGUAGCGAUGCCGAUAGCUCCCAAACAGAGGCACCAUUACACGAGAGACUUAAACUUCGUGCAGGCGAAAAACUUGACCUUCUUCCGGCAAAACUUAUUCAAAAAUAUAUCGCUUACGCCCGCAAGAAUGUCAACCCGAAGUUAACGGAAGAUGCUGCCUUAGCAAUCAGGAGCUUUUACAUCGAAUUGCGACUAGCUCAGCAGGGGAUGGAUUCGAUUCCGGUUACCACUCGGCAGCUAGAGGCACUUAUACGUCUCACACAGGCCCGUGCCCGUAUGGACCUGGUCGAGGAAGCUACCGUUCAUCACGCCCAGGACGUCAUCGCCAUCCUACGGUACAGUAUGAUAGAUGUUUUCAGCAACGAUGAGGGGGAGCUGCAACCACACCGGCUGAUGAAUGGAACCGGAACAAGUCAAUCGAACCAGGUGAAAAAGUUUGUUCGACUUUUGCAGCAGAAGUCGAGUGUCCAGAGCAAAACUAUAUUCUCCCUGGUGGAACUGAAACAAAUGGCUGGCGGGAGUGGGCCAGAUUUCGAUCGAUUAUUAGACGCGUUGAAUAUCCAGGGAUUCCUGUUGAAGAAAGGUCGCGAUCUUUACAAGUUUAUGGUUGACUAGUACAACAGGUCAAUCGUGUUAAGUUUUUUGGAAUUACAAAAAAUAUUCAUGUUAA